AAGGUUCCCACAUUUAAGGUUUCUUAAAUUAUGCAAUGGAACCUUUGUUGGGGACUUUGUGAAUUGCCAUACAAAGCUAAGAUGGAUAUCUUGGGAUUCCCCUCCUCCAGAUAUUAGGUGGGCAAUAUGCAUCUACAAUAUGUAGUUGUUCUUAAACUGUCUACCAAUCACAUCAAUGAUCUAGAUAUAUGGAGCCUAAUCAAGAUGGCAUGCAAAUUGAAAGUUCUAUCUCUUCAAGAUUGUCCUAGCAUAACAAGAACUCCAAACGUCUCUGUAUGUUCUACUUUAGAGAGGCUGACUCUUUGGGUAUGUGAUAAUUUGAUGACAAUUGACAGCUCCAUUGGGAUGUUAAAGUGCUUGGUUGACUUGGAUAUUAACGGCUGCCCCCUUGAAGAGUUGCCUGAUGAAAUUGGAGGGCUGGUGACUCUUAAGCGCUUCUCUUUAAAAGGCUGUAUUAGGCUGAGGAAACUCCCCGAGUCUAUUGGUAACCUAAGAUGCCUGUCAACUUUUGACAUUUCAUCUACCUUGAUUAAUGAACUUCCAAAUUCUGUUGGAGGGCUGCCGAAACUUGAGUUUCUGUCCAUGGCAUCAACAAAGAUAAAGGAACUCCCAAAAUCUAUUCUUAGCUGGGCAUUAUUGCUUGAGUUGGAUUUGUCAUUUGCAGAAAUCAUUGAAUUACCUGAAUCGAUCGGAAAUCUAAAAAUGUUGAAAGUGAUUCAGGUGGGUUAUAAUCCAAUAAAGAAGUUUCCUCAUGCUCUUGGAAGAUUGAAGAAUCUUGAAGAGCUACAUGCCCCUGAUUGUAAAUUGGAAGGUGAAAUCCCUGCUGAAAUUGGAGCGUUGUCCAAGCUGAGAAUCUUAGUUUUGAGGUUUAAUGAAAGAGUUAUUGUUCCAAGGACAAUUGUUAUGCUUCCUCUCUUGCAAAUGCUGGACUUAAAUACAUGUAGUGAGAUUCAAGAAUUGCCGCAGCUUCCCUCUAGUUUGACCGAUCUAGUGCUGGAGUCCCGUUCACUGCAAUUUGUCCCUGAUCUCUCAAACCUUACUAACUUAGUUAGAUUGGUCCUCUCUGAUGGGUCUCUGGUUAGAGGCACAACAAGCUUAAGACAAACUUGUGACAUGCGAUGGUUACGGAAUUUAUCCAAACUGAAUGAAUUGAACUUAUGCCUGUUAAAUAUCCCUGCACCACCUACAGAACUGGGCUCCCUUUCUUUUCUGGAAAAACUUACUUUCUAUGGACUAGACCUGCAAUCCCUCACAGAGCUUCCAUCAUCUCUGUUGUACUUACGAGUCCAUAAUUUCAAUGCAGCAGGGUUACCCAUGUCCAACUUGAGAAACUUGUCAACUUUCAGACUCUCGCGGUCAGAGCUGAAGGAAAUUCAGCUCCAUGGGCUUCACGAAUUGGCAAGUUUGAGUGUCUCAGACUGUAAACUCCUGGAGAGGUUAUCCUUUCCAUCAAGUGUAAAUGAAAUUUCUGUUAUUGGUUGCCCAAAGCUAGUUGAGAUUCAUUUUCCAGGUGUUUUGGAAUCACUUGAAAGAUUGGGUAUUGAGAGGUGCGAAUCCUUUGAUAGGUUAAGUUGUCUGCUGGAGCAAGAAUCUGAUGAGCUGACAUUUUGUGGGGGGAGAUUGUCCCUUCUAUCAAGCACCUUUAAGAAGCUCAAAGAAUUCAGUGUUGUAGAGUGCCCAAAGCUGGUUGAGAUUCAAGUCGUGGGUAUUAUGGAAUUACUGGAGAUAUUUUCAGUGGAUGGGUGUUUGGCUAUGGAAAGAUUAGGUGGUCUAUCAAACUUGAAGAACCUCAAGUCGUUAAGUAUGAGAGAGUGUGGUGCUCUUCGAGCUGUUGAGGGCCUCGAUCAAUUAGAGUGCUUGUGUCGAUUGCUUGUUGGUGAUUAUGGAUUAUUGGAAAGGUGGAUUGAUUUAUCGAAUGCAAAAAUACCAGAUGAGUGCGAGAUGUUAAUUUGGGAUUGCAGGGGUUCAUUAAGUGAGUUUUGUCCACGUAAAAUUGAGUGCAUCCCAUUCAAUCGCUACAGAGAGAUGAUUCCUCUUGGACCAAACCAGCGUCCAUGGUAUAGAUUCCUAUGCUGUCUCUUAUAGCUCUAGGAGAUAUUGUUAUUGAUCCGAGGAGGAAGAGGAGUCAUGUCACUAAUUCCAUGCUCCAAUGGUUUAAGUAUCUUUUCCUUUUUUUAUCAGUGUAGUAGGUCCUGUAGUGUAACUCUUGAUAAAGAGUCCAUGGAAGCCUCAAUUUUGUUUCGCUUCUGUUUUCAAUGUGCUCUAAUAUGUGUCCAUAGUACUGAAAUUGUAUGUUCACCCAAAUAUUGAAUGAAUACUUUGGCAAUAA